AUUAAAGGUAAAAUAAUUAAAGAGAAAAUGACUAAAAAUAUUAUCUUAAUCAGUUUAUUAGCUAUUUCUUUAUUAGCUGCUAGCUCAUAUUUCGUUGCCACUCACAAAGGUGAGGUUGAAACUUAAGAAAGCAAUAACUGUUGGAGUAUUAAUGCCUUACCUGGUUCACUAUUUGUUACUAACGUUUGUGGUGAAAAUUAUAUUUUCAACGCUAGCUUUAACUGUCAUGGAUAAAAAACUGAAUUAUAAUCUUAAUGCGUUAGCUCCAACAGUUCUGGAUAACUCAAUUCUACUACUUCCUUUAGCAUUAAUGAAUGCCGUUUUGUUUCUAUGGAAUAAUUGUCCUGCUGA